CUCGCGGUGGCCAGACGUGCAUUUUUCGAUAUUGUCAUGCUGCUUGGCAUCAUUGUACUGUACUUGGUGAAUUCCGUCUGUGGGAAGUCGCCGCAUAUUAUCUACAUUCUCGCUGAUGACUUGGGAUGGAAUGACGUAGGUUUCCACGGAGCCGGGGACAUUCGAACCCCAAACCUCGACGCCCUAGCCUACACCGGACUGAUUCUGAACCGUCACUAUGUAACGCCACUAUGUUCCCCAAGCAGAAGUGCCCUCAUGACUGGAAAAUACCCAAUACACACUGGCAUGCAGCACGGCGUCGUGAAGGGUGCAGAACCAUGGGGAUUAUCGCUCGCCGAGAAGCUACUUCCUGAGUAUCUCAGUGAUUUGGGUUAUCGGCGUCACAUUGUCGGCAAGUGGCAUCUUGGUCAUUACAAGAGGAAGUAUACGCCGUUGUACAGGGGGUUUGAGAGUCACAUUGGAUUCUGGACUGGACAUCAUAAUUAUUUCGAUCAUACUGCUGAAGAAUUGCCUUAUUGGGGAGUAGACAUGCGAAGAGGUCUCGACACAGCUUGGGAUCUCCACGGAAAAUAUUCCACCGACGUAUUCUCCCGCGAGGCGGUGAAAGUCAUUCAGAGGCACAAUGCCACGGAGCCGUUGUUCUUGUACCUUGCUCACGGCGCAACGCACUCAUCGAAUUCCUACGAUCUGCUGCCAGUGCCUGACGAAGCUGUUGAAAAAUUUCCGGACGUAGCGCACUACAAACGCCGGAAAUUCGCGGCUAUGUUGAGUAAAGUCGACGACUCCGUUGGAGCUGUCGUGGAUGCGCUCAUGAAGAAGGAGAUGUUGAAAGAUAGUGUUAUUGUAUUUUCGUCGGACAAUGGAGGGCCUGCGGAGGGGUUCAAUGGAAAUGCUGCAUCGAAUUAUCCACUCAGGGGUGUGAAAGCUACUCCUUGGGAAGGAGGUGUUCGCUCAUCAGCGCUAUUGUGGACUCCGAAGCUCUCCAAUCCCGGCAGAAUAUUCACCAAAAAAAUGCACAUUGUUGAUUGGCUUCCAACACUGUUAACCCUGGCUGGAGCCAAUAAAUCAUCCAUCCCAGCAUCUCUAGACGGCAUAGACAUGUGGCGGUCUAUGAAUACCAAUGACUCACCACCGUCCCGUGUUAUUCUCCACAACAUCGAUGUUUUGGCAAAGUAUGGAGCAAUAACCGUGGACAACUGGAAGCUGAUUAACGGCUCGGACUACGCGACUUAUGACAGCUGGUAUGGACCAUCCGCCUGGGACAUGCCGUACAGAAUCAAUGAAGUCAUUGAUAGCUUAGCAGGUCGUGCGGUCACUUCACUCGGCCAUCAAUUAACGCCCGAUGCGAUUACUAAACUCCGUGAGAAUUCGAAAAUUCAGUGUGGAAAGAAAGAUCCGAGUCUACCUGAGUGUCGACCUCUGGAGGCCCCUUGUCUCUUUGAUAUUCAUCGUGAUCCAUGUGAAUUCAACAACCUUGUUAAGCUACAUCCAGAAAUGCUGGAGGGAAUGAUGCGGGAGUUGAUUCAUUUGAAUUCAACGGCUGUGCCUCCGAGAAAUCGUAAGGUUGAUCCACGCGGAAACCCGGCGUUGUGGAAUCAUACGUGGCAUAAUUUCGGGGAUUACCCGGGGAAAGUUGGAGGAUCGGAUUUCGAGGGAGAUGUUAUCUAUUAACAAAAUGCAUAAUUGUUGUCACAUGCUGACUAUAAAUAAAGAGAGAGAUCAUAUUUUAA